AUGCACUACCUUUCGAAGUCUCUCGCAGCCUGCGUGGCCUUAGCGGGCUCUGCCCUUUCCCAGUCCGGUGGCAUCGGCUCGGUCUCGAUCGAGUCGGUCUCGGGCUGCGCCGCCGUGGUGUCGACCACCCACAUCUGCAGUACCUGCGUGACGAUGGCUUGCGUGGUCCCGGCUACCGUCACCGCCGGCUGCGACGGCUGCGGGGAGACACCGCCGACCAUCUACCGCUCGUUCCCGUGCGACGAGGGAUGCGACAACAUCGGGUGCCAAACGAUUUACAGCGUCGCGACGGCGACCGACAAUGAAUGCGCGACAGGCGGCGCGGGCCCCACGCCGACUCCGACUCAAGACCCGGGUGCCUCCACAACUGGCGGUAAUGAGCCAACUACUUCGGCCAGUACUGCCGGCGCCGCACGCGUGAUGCCGUUCCGUCUGUGGUAG